GCGCGCCAACCUGCGCCAGCCCGGGCCCGCCAGACCCGGCCCAUCAGCUGAUCGCUCCACAACAACAAACAUGGCUGAGGCGGCGCCAGAUCACGGAACGUUUCUUCAACCUUUUGCCAACUUCCUCGGGGCGCCGGAGCCGGCACUGCGGCUCCUCAUAUCCAUACUCAUAGGUUACCCAUUAGUGCUGAUACAUCGCUACACCUUGUACUGUAAGAGUCCUUGGAUGCAACACCUCUACUUCAUCACCUCUGGUGUCAGCAUUGCUCUUUUUAACUAUGGUCAGAAUGUGGUGCACUCGGCUGUGUGCGUGAUGGUGGCAUGGCUGCUUCUACUGUCUAUAGGCGGGACUCUCAAAUCGGUUAUCAUAUCCUUUGUCUUCCAGAUGACGUAUCUUCUCGUCGGUUACUACAUGACAGGAACAGACACUUACGAUAUCAAGUGGAGUAUGCCCCAUUGCGUGUUAACCCUGCGGCUAAUUGCACUCACGUAUGAUGUAUAUGACGGAACAAAAGACUAUGAGAAAUUAUCAAAUGACCAACAAAAAACAGCCUUACCCUAUACUCCAACAUUAGUGGAAAUUGCAGCUCACACGUACUUUCCAGCGUCUUUCAUGGUCGGCCCACAGUUCUCAAUGCGACGGUACCUCGAUUUUGUGAAGGGAACGUUAGUGGGAUGUGAACUGCCGCCGUGCUUGGUUCCGGGCCUCCUCCGUGGCGGAUCAGGACUUCUCUACCUGGCCAUCUAUCAAGUGGGAAUCAGCUGGUUGCCCGAUGAAUUCCUCACGUCGGAAGAAUAUUACGAUAUGUCAUUGUGGUGGCGGCACGUGGUCGUGGGAAUAUGGGCCAAGAUUACUCUGUACAAAUACAUUUCGUGCUGGUUAAUUGCUGAAGGGGUUUGCAUCAUGUCAGGACUGGCUUUCAAUGGCCGAAACUCGGCUGGAGAUAUGCUGUGGGAUGGCUGUAGAAACGUCAAUAUCCUCCUCUGGGAAGGGUCUACCCAAUUUGGCCAUCUCAUUCGGUCCUUCAAUACGAACACCAAUGCCUGGGUGGCGCAAUACGUCUAUAAGAGAUUGCGGUUCCUAAAUAAUCGCUACGUCUCUCAAGUUAUGGCACUGGUAUUCCUCGCAGUGUGGCACGGUCUCCAUUCUGGAUAUUAUGCCUGCUUCUUCAUGGAGUUUGCAGUCAUGAACUUUGAACGGGAUCUUGGCAAUUACGUGCAUCAGUAUCCACGACUUCUUGCCAUACUCAACGCCGGUCCCCUCAAGUACAUCAAGUUCGUUGUGUUAAAGUUGUACGUGGUCAUUUUCAUGGGCUAUUGUUUAGGACCAUUUGCUCUGCUCAAGCUCCACAGGUGGUGGAGUUUCUACACUUCUCUCUACUUCUCCGGACACGUGGUGUUCGCUGGCUGGCCGCUCUACGCCCCUGCAGUUAAAGCAAUAAUAAAAACCAUUGGUGGUGAGAGAUUGAAAAUCGAUAAAGGUAAAAAGGAAUAGAAAACAAAUGAGAACACAGAAAACAGGACAAUCCGUGGAAGAAACCCUAUGCAUGGAUAGUUACGCUUUCUUAGUAUGGGAAUUACCAUGCGUCUUGCAGGCAGUCAAAGUAUUGGAAGAAAAUAUUUUUAAAGCUGUGUGUGGAGAUGUGAGAAUUAAUCUACCUCCCAGCAGUCCCCUGCACAAGUGGUGCCAGGAGCACUCCUUUUACCACCUCUUUAUUGUUUUGACCCAAUGUAAACAGUUUAUAUAUACAUUGAGGCAGUUUUAAUACAAAUUUCAUUAAUGAAUGCAUGUGAUAAAUGUGCGUUAUUUCACUCCAGAGGCACGUUAGCCAGCGUGCAGUCCGCACAAGUGUCCGGAUAACUGUACUAGAUUGAUGACCAGGUUGAGGGAUUGAUUGAUCCUCCAGCCUGUGUUGUUCUCAAUACCCUCGGGCAAAUCAACAUUGAUAAUUUUGAUCCUGUGUUGAUCAACUGUUAGUCGAGCACGUUUGCCCGCUGGGUAACCUCCCUGUGCGACACAUUUUUAUAGUCUCCAUAGUUAACGAGGUGUUUAGCAGGAAAUUUUCCUAUAGGUUUUGUGCUGUGUAAAUCAUUCCUGACACACUACGUAAUAGGGGGGGAUAAUUGCAGACAAAUUUCAUUACUUUCUUGAAUAACCAUGGAUUAAAAUGUUUGAUAUUUGCUUUUAUUUAAAAGAUGAUUUUUGGGGGGAAAUUUGAUACGGUUACCAUACAACAUUUACUGACUUUAACCUGUCCACUCCAUCUGUUGUCACUCUUGAUUGUCUGCAUCUCAAAAUAUUGGCAAUAUAAAAGUGCAUAUAAGUAGACAGAAGAAGAAGUAAAGUAAAGCGUAAAGAGGCAAGAGUACUUACAUGUCUGGCUAGCACUUUAAGUCAAGUUGUGAGUAUUAGUGGAGUUUGUGGUUGCUUUUGUUGUCACACUUUAGAGAAACAUUACAAGUUUGUGGUUGCUCUUGUUGUCACACUUUAGAGAAACAUUACAAGUUUGUGGUUGCUUUUGUUGUCACACUUUAGAGAAACAUUACAAGUUUGUGGUUACUUUUGUUGUCACACUUUAGAGAAACAUUACAAGUUUGUGGUUACUUUUGUUGUCACACUUUAGAGAAACAUUACAAGUUUGUCUUGUUGUCACACUUUAGAGAAACAUUACAAGUUUGUCUUGUUGUCACACUUUAGAGAAACAUUACAAGUUUGUCUUGUUGUCACACUUUAGAGAAACAUUACAAGUGACCACCAAAGCAAUCAUUUGACUGCCACCUACAGUUGCAUGCUGUCGUCUUCUAUCUCUUCAGGCUCGUCCUCUAAAGUUAGAGUCUCAACCAUUAUAAUUCUCCUUUUCCUUCACUACUUAUAAGCAUGUCAUUUAGAUGAUGGAAAAAAACAAAAUAAAGUGUGGAUUUGUCACAGUUUCUUGAAGGCUCAGUAGUUGAGGCAAAGACAGUGAAUGGCGCGGGACAAUAUGGAUCUUUUAUAUGGAGUUUUAUACAUAUUUCUUUGCAUUUUUCAAUGUUGGUUGCCAUUGUAUUGCAUUAAAACUACAUUUGUAAUGCAGUACAGUAUAUGGCAGCCAAGCUUGAUAAUACCUAUGGAGAGGAGGGGAUUGGUGGGCCGUAAUACACAGUGAUUACAUACCAUCUGUCAUAUUGUCACCUCAAGAACCAAGGGUGAAUGGUGCCAUCUUCAAGUGUUUGUGAAAAGCAUUUUUUGUUGCUAAUAAUUUAUUUUGUUACUUUUUGUAACUAUAUCUUUGGAUUCUUGUUGACAACACAGUGAUUUAUUCACCAGGCUGCUCUUGGUUUAAGAGCAAGUAUCAGGUGAUCGUUCCUUUCAUGUUUUCCACUGUUUGGUUUACUGCUAUAUUGUUGGAGACUCGCGUUGAAGAAACUGCGUUUUUGUUGCGUUUUAUAAUUUCCAUAUCCAGUAAUACCAACAUGGUGUCCACGCCUGACUGACAUGCUCCGUAUGUUGCCUUUUGAAUGGCUAGUGGUGACGAACAUUUGACUUGCUGCUUCGUUUUGGUUAAAUAUAUGCAGAGACUUGAGGGAAAUUGGCGUAUUAGAAUUUGCAUGAGGCGGGGAGCUCAACGUUAUUUGUAAUGCUGUCGUGCAGCAUUACAAAUUGCUACGCGUACAGUACUAGUAUACCGGCCGCACUCAUUCAUUAUUUUUACAAAGGCAUAGAACUGCUACAAAAAUGUCAAUGCAUGUCAAAUAAUAUAUUGAAUUGUAUACAUAAUUGUUAUUUAUAAAAGGCAACAGAGAAGCAGUUAGUAUACUGAUAUGAAGCACUGUGUUGUUGCUAGUUUUUUUUUUCUCCUAAAUAUUUGUAAAGUUUCAAAGGAUUUUUUUUUUUUUUUCUUAAGCUUGUCCUAGAGCUUAUAUCAACUAUUUGCCACUCAGGGAAAAAACAACUUACUGUGGUCUAUUCUAUGCUGCUUUUAAAGUAAUUUUCCAUUGUGGACUGUACGCGCAUCACAUGAUGACACAGUACUGUGGUAUGAUUUGUUCCGAGCAUGUCUCCCAGUUUCUUCCUGCUUCCAAUGUGGGCAUUUCUAGUGCCUUCAAUCCGGAGGAAAUUGAGAGAGAUCCUCGGAACACAUUGUACCGUCAUCGUGUGCCGCUCGUACGGUCCUCGUUGGAAAAUUACUUUUUCCCCCUUUCUGGAAUUCAUUUUUGUUUUAAUGUCUUCAGGAGUCAGUUCUUCUUUCCUCAAUGUAAUUUUUCUUGAUGCAGAUACUAUAGUACAGCUGUGUGUUCCGUUCAUGUCUAACCCGCACGUUGGGAAUAAUUUAUUUUGCUUUAUUUCAUCCAUGUACUUGAAGGCUCUACAAAUAUUUUCUCCACAACAACAUGAGAUUUGCCUCACCUUUGCAUUUAUAUAAUUUAUGAUGAUACUUUAAUUAAUUGUUGGUAAUCAUUGUGCACCUUUUAUUUUAUUUAUGUCUCUUUGUUUCCAGUCUUUUAUAUGUAAUUUGUCAUUAUCAUGGAGGGUUAAAGGAAUUGAUAUACAUAAUAAAACUAAACUGUCUGCAAAUUAUUACAUUUAUGUUUUUAAUUGAAUGGAUUAUUGGCAUGUUUUAUUUUACACACGUAACCCACAAAUCAGAAUACUGUGUAGAGGAGUAAUUACACGACUUGAUAAUGGUUCAGGAUGGACCGAAAUGUUAUCAGUUCUUUAUACUGCAUUCAGAUUUAUAGGCAGGCGAUGAGUCACAAUAACGUGGCCAAAGUAUGUUGACCAGACCACACACUAGAAGGUGAAGGGACGACGACGUUGCGGUCCGUCCUGGACCAUUCUCAAGUCAAUUGUCGACUACUCAAUCGACUUGAGAUUGGUCCAGGGCGGACCAAAACGUCGUCGUCCCUUCACCUUCUAGUGUGUGGUCUGGUCAUCAGAUUUAUAGGUUGGGUGUCUAACUUUCAACCACAUUAUUGUAGCUUUUUGCCUGCAUUUUAUUUUUAACGAACACAAACAUGUAGAGGUCUGCUGGGUACGUAGUCAUAUUGAUAGACUCCAUUGACAUGGCCAAUAUUACAGGGAAAUAUGCUGUUUAGACAUGCCUCCUUUUCUCAAAGCCUAUUUCUUUCACAGAUUACUAUCCAAUUAUACAUUGAGCCUUAUUUACAUAA